AUGAGUGACGACUGGAGCGCGGUGACCAAGAUUGGCAGCAAGGUCCGCGGACCCGGCACUGCGCAGCGCGAGACGACCAUCAAGGGUAAGAGCGCAUUGAACGCGGCCCAGCGAAGCGGCGCCGUCAUCAACACGGAGAAGAAGUUCUCGACCGCCAACGUAAGCAUCACCUACCUGUCAUCGGCAACAAGAGCCAUAUAGGAUGGAUGGGGAGACUGACAUGUUGAUCAAUAUCUGCAUCAGGCCGGCUCCAACCCCGAAGGCCAACGCCUCACCAAGGUCGACCGCGCCGACGGCCCCGUUGCCACGAAGAAGGUGCCCGAAGAAGUCUCCAAGGCCCUGUCCCAGGCGCGCAACAAGCUCAAGAACCAAAAGGGCGCCACCAUGACACAGAAGGACCUCGCGGCCAAGGCGAAUGUCGAUGUGGCGGCCGUGGCGGCUCUGGAGCGGACAGGCGCGGAUUUCCCCAGCAUGGAUGUCGUGCUGAAGCUGGAGAAGGCGGCCAACGUGCGGCUGACGGGAGCCAACAUCGGAGAGCCCAAGCUGGGACCCAAGAAGAAGGCUGGGGACAGCAAGUAG